UCUUUUUUUUUUUUGUUUUUUAAAUGUUUCGAGAAGCCAAUAACCAAAUAGGAAUACAAAUCGAUUUCAGUUUUAAGCAUAUACAAACAACUAACAAGCAUACAGUACGAGGCAGCCGAUAUAAAACGGGCGCAAAUUGGAAAAACAGCAACGAAGACGAAAACGAAAACAGAGCAAAACGUUUUCUCUCUCUUUCCACCAUACCUGCCCCCCACCCCCUCCCUUACUCCAACAGCACGAGACGCUGACGCGACGCCAGUGAAAAUACAGUUAGUAGCGCUAAGCUUUUAAAAUACGGUUCUCGCGGCGCCAACGAGCAGAGCAGAGCUUCAGGACAGUUGAGAGCAGUCAUUAAGGAAACCUUGAGAGGCAGUCAUACAUAUACAUAUAGAUAUCGACACACACACACACGCACAGCUACAAAUACACAUACAUACAUACACCCACCCACACAUAUACACACACACACACACGCAGAGGCAGAGGCACGCACAAGCGGAGCAGCAGAGGCGCAGCCAUGAGUUCGCAAUAUUCAAAUGUGGAGAACCUGUCGCCGCAGACCAUACGGCAGGUGAUGCGGGAGCUGCAGGAUAUGGAGACGACACCGCCGGAGGGCAUCAAGGUGUUGAUCAACGAGAGCGACGUUACGGAUAUUCAGGCGUUUAUCGAUGGCCCCGCCGGCACACCGUAUGCGGUUGGUGUCUUUCGCGUCAAAUUGACGCUGAGCAAAGAUUUUCCACAGACGCCGCCAAAGGCAUAUUUCCUAACCAAAAUUUUCCAUCCAAAUGUUGCCUCGAAUGGCGAGAUAUGCGUGAAUACACUGAAAAAGGAUUGGAAACCAGAUUUGGGCAUUAAGCAUAUAUUGUUAACAAUCAAAUGCCUGCUAAUUGUGCCCAAUCCGGAAUCGGCACUCAACGAGGAGGCCGGCAAAAUGCUACUCGAGCGCUACGAUGAUUACUCGCAGCGGGCGCGCAUGAUGACCGAGAUCCAUGCACAGCCGGCCAAGUGCGGCGCUGGCGCCAGCGAUGCCAAAGACGAUGACGGACCCUCAACAAAGAAGCACGCCGGCCUCGACAAGAAGCUGCAGGACAAGAAGAAGGAGAAGCUGCUCAAGGAGAAAAAGCGCAUGCUCAAGAGAUUAUGAGACGCAUAAAUAUCGAGCAGCAGCAGCAGCAGCAGCAGGCAGGCAAACUUAUGUAGCAGCAGCCAUAGAAUGGAGGAGCAAAUAUGUAGUUAAAGGAUUCAGGCUAGAAAACAACAACAACAACAACAGCAACAGAUUAUAUAUAUAUAUAUGUAUGUGUGUGUCUAUACAGCCAGCAGCAGGCAUAAAUCUACAGUGGAGCCGCAAUAAAGCGAACAACAUCCGCAAAACAACUUGGCACAACAACAACAACAACAACAACAAAUACCAA